ACCUAACCUAACUUAACAUCAACACCAACGUCGACUGACGAUUACGUAAACACAGGCGCAAGGUUAUUUUCUAUGCGUCAGGAUCAUUUUUCUGAAUAAUCGAGAGUAUAAACAAUUAUAAAAAUCGGGGCAUUAUCUUUCAUUGGUAUAUCAUGCUAGAUCACGAUAAUAUUGUUUGGAUGAAAUGGGGCGCACCUAUGUUCAAGGGUCCACCCACAGAUCUUUUUCUCCAUGUACGUAAUCUUCAGUGCAAUAAGGAUUGUGCACCAUACGAGGUGCAGUUUAUGGACUGUAUGGAGGCAUAUGGAUAUCAUAGGGGCAAGGAGAAAUGCAGGUUAAUACUUGAAGACAUGUACGAAUGCGUGUUUAAAGUAAAGAGGUUACGGCGCAUUCACUUGAUGGAGGAAGAACGAAAACGCCAGUUUAACAGUGGCGAGAGGAAGAAUCGCUACGAGGAAACUCCGCCUCUCGAUCUGUAUUAGAUUGCCAUUCUCUCCUCACUGGGAGAAUGCAUAGUUUAUGUAUAAAUGUAUUGAACUAAAUUAACUUGAUAAAUGAUACUGGAGCGUUUUAUCUGCAGAAAA